AUGUCCUUAUUACUUUACAUAAAAAUAAAUUCAAAAUUUCCAAAUGUUCAAAGUUAUACUGAACAAGAUUUAUACAAUUAUUCAAAUUAUAGUCUAACAUCGAUACAAUCAAAACAACAACAACAAAAUUAUAGUUAUGAUUUAAAUUAUACAAAAAAUCGAUCAUCAUCAAAUUCUGGUGAACAUCAAAAACAGCAACAACAACAACAAGAAAUCGCUGAUACCGUUGAAGAACCGGAUUAUUUUCAAGAUAUGGUACCUGAAUUUAAAAAACCAAAAACGGUUUAUGUGAAUAAACAUGAUCAUCCAAUGAUAUCCAGCGAUAAUAAUCAACAAAACAAUUAUGAUAAUAAUGAUGAGCUUAAUAAUAAAAUUGAAAAAAAAUUUCGUUUUAAACAACAACAACAAAAUCAACAACAACAAGAUUCAUCAUAUCAAUUUAAUAAUAAUAAUAAUAUCGAUAAUGAUUUAUUAUCGAAUGAACCGAAUUUUACAAAUCAAUUUGGUACAAUUCAAUUAUCAUCAUCAUCAACAUCAAUGGAUAUGAAUACGAAUCAAAUAACUAGCUGGGAAGAUAUGGCUAAUAAUGAUGAAGAAUUAUGGAUUGAUACUGAUCAACAAUUAAAAACAAUGAGACAACAACGUCGUGAACAACGUUUAAAUGAACAUCGAAGACAAAAACAAUUAAAACAUAAAAAUGGUUGAUUGAAACUAAACAAACAAAUUCAAUCAUAAUCAAAUAAUGAUUAUUAUGAUUAUUUAUUAAUAUAAAA